CGACGGUUCUUCGUCGCGUGCCCCGCGGUUUCGAACCCACUACCGCCCGUUACGAUAUCUGGACAUAAUUAUUGGGGCUGCAAGGUAAUAACACAAUCAUCACGGCAAUAAGGCAACCCCAAUAAUUGCAAAAUGUCCAGAUUCGCGUCUGUGGGUUUUGAGGCCUUCGAUUCAAUGAAGUCGAAAGCCUCACAGAAAUUUUCUGGACUAAGGCGGAGCAAUACUGGUUACGAAGAAUUCGAAAUGCCCCCAAACAGAGAGAGCAAAGAUAAUCUGGGGUUCGAGGACGAACGUGGCUACAACCUGAACGCGUCGUUCGAUUCAUUGCCGGAACCGGAACGACCGCCUCUCCGUCAUAUCGACACUUAUUGUAUGCCGGAGUGUCCCUGCCUCUCGAAGAGGUACACCAUAGCAGUGUUGGCCUGCAUGGGUUUCAUAAUCUCAUUCGGCAUGAGAUGUAACAUGGGUAUGGCCAAACUGACAAUGAAGAAUGCGACCGAGUCCGGGAGCGUGAAAUUCAACUGGACGAUCGCAACGGAGAGUGCACUAGACUCUUCUUUUUUCUGGGGCUACCUUGUGACUCAGGUGCCAGGAGGUUUCCUGGCCUCUCUUUACCCCGCCAACAGAAUAUUCGGAAUGGCAAUUGCGACUUCAUCGUUCCUCAAUUUGCUCGUACCCGGGGCUCUGACGGUCCACCCUGUCGUGGACAUGAUAGUCCAGAUUUGCAAGGGCUUGGUCGAGGGUGUUACGUACCCAGCUUGUCACGGUAUAUGGAAAUACUGGGCUCCACCUCUCGAAAGAUCGCGGCUGGCCACUCUGGCCUUCUGCGGAUCCUACGCAGCUGUGGUAAUCGGAAUGCCCUUGUCCGGAUAUUUGACGCAAUGGUUCGGCUGGACGGCCUCCUUUUAUUUCUACGGUGUCUUGGGGCUGAUUUGGUACUGUUUCUGGCUCUGGCUCAGUUUUGAGAAGCCCGCUAAGCACCCCUGCAUCUCAGCUCGAGAAUUGCGUUACAUCGAGGACUCUCUGGGGCAAGGUCAAGUUCAAAUCCCGAUGCCCACGUUCGCCACGACACCCUGGCGAAAAUUCUUCACCUCGAUGCCAGUCUACGCAAUUAUUGUGGCGAAUUUCUGCAGGUCAUGGAACUUCUAUCUGCUGGUCUUGUUCCAGGCUCGAUUCAUGCACGAGGCCUUCAAUAUGCCCCUCGUGGAGACCGGACUGAUCGGAGCUCUUCCUCACCUGCUUAUGACGACGAUCGUUCCUUGCGGUGGUCUGCUGGCCGAUCAUUUGCGAAAACGUGGAAUUCUCUCGACGACAAAUGUGCGAAAGGUGUUCAACUGCGGUGGUUUCGGAAUGGAGGCUGUCUUCUUCUUGGUCGUGGCCAAGGCUACGAUUUCCGGGAACGGUACCGCGGCCACGGUUGCUCUCACCAUCGGCGUGGCUUGCAGCGGAUUCGCCAUAUCCGGUUUCAACGUGAACCACCUGGACAUCGCGCCCCGGUACGCCAGUAUCUUGAUGGGAAUGUCAAAUGGCAUCGGCACAAUCGCUGGUCUUCUGGUUCCCUUCUUCGUCGAGAACAUCACGAAAAAUAAGGAUCGCGAGAGCUGGAGAAACGUCUUCAUAAUCGCCGCCUGCGUUCACUUCGUCGGCGUUACUUUCUACGCGAUAUUUUGUUCCGGCGAACUUCAGCCGUGGGCAGAUCCUACCAUCGAGGAACAGAACAGCUGGAAUCCCCUGGACGAUUUGAGCAAGGGCAAACCGCCGUUGCCUCCACCGCCGAAGCCACCGCAACCGGAGUUCGUUAAGCAACCUUCGCUCAACGGCGGAGACUGGAACAAUUACGAUCAACCGGCAGAAAAUCACCUUUACCCGCAGCUCGAUAAGCGAAAUCAGAACGGCAACGCGGUCGCGAGUUAUGGGUCAACGGUAACGAACGUAAACAACCCGUUUCACUCGUCGAAUCCGUUCGCCAGUGACGUCAGCGCGUCUCUGGUUCAGCCGCCUGCAGUGGAUGAUCACACGCAUGAUGUGAUGGGCGGACAACAGUGGAAUUAAUGUACAGCAGGUCAGAUUUACGCCGGAUUGGGUGAGUAACUGAAACGUAGGUUGUGAGAGCGGAGAAGAAUAUAAUCCAAUGGGAGGAGUCAGAGUGUUGAUCACAGUCGGAGCCACUUACGUUUUACUUGUAGCGAGGAAGAUUCUUCUUCUUAGUCGCGACAAUAAGCACAUUGUCUUUUCUUCCACGCAAUUUUUUUUUCUCUAAAAUAAGAUAAGAACGGCGAAUUAAUGAUUAAUAAUUUGAAAAAUAUGACCGUAUUCGUGUCCAUAUUUAGCCCCGACAAAUGAUGAGUACUCUGUUCUCCGUGCUCAUUGGUAAGAAUGGCAUUUAGGAUGAGCGUCGCGUCGCAUAUGAUCAAACACGAAACACCGAAUAUAAAGAGUAGCACAAUAUUUAGAAACAUAGCAAUAAAAGAACUUCGAAGGACACAAGUUAUGGUUCAGAGAAAAGCACCGCCACGGCCAUUCGUAGAAGAAAAGUACAAAUCGAGCUGAGGAAAAAACGAAACAGAAAAAAAGAAGAUGAAUAAAAUAAUAUAAAUAAUAUUAUGCGUAAAGAAUUUAAAUACCUCAAUGGAUCAAUGGAACAAAGCAAAAGACAAAGAAAAAAAAAACAAGUUUACAAACAAUUGAGAGUAUCCCGAUGAAGCUAGCUAAAGUAUUUGGGAAAAAUGUAAGUUUAUAAGACCGGAAGUAUAGACAUGACAUAUAAGAUAAAAAUGAAUCUUUAGAAUAAAUAAGAUAAGGUUACAAAACGAAACGUAGAUAUGCUGUAGGUAUGAAAUGUGACGAAAUAAGAUAUACAAAUUACAUGAAAGUAUAAGAAAGAAAGUGAAACAUCUUGAAAGUAUUAGAUUUUAAGAUACAAAUUGUUUGAAAGUGAUUGAAAAUAUCAUAAACUGUAAAUCAAGUAUAAUAUUGAUUCCAGUGUAAUGCGUACUUAUAAUAGGAUGUGAUUGCAAACUUUGGCAAACCAAUCGCAAUACGUAAUGAUACAUAAACUACGCAAAAGAGGUCUCGAGCGGUCGAUGAAAUUUAAAAAUAUAUGUAUUACGUCUCGCUGCUCGACACGAACGAAAGUCUAUAGUCAAUUUAUGCGAGCCAUUUUUAAAUAACUAAACAAUAUUAUAAAUAUAUUCGCCAAUCGCUCGUCUUAUAUAAGCAGUAUUAAAUACGAUUUAGUAAUAUCAUAUAGCAAUUUAAUUUUUGCUUAACAAUUUACGGGGAUUAUACAAGUUUGAGAGAUUUUGAAACUGUGUUCGAAGACGCAUUCGGAGAAAGUAUAAUUCAAAGCUGCGUGCAACUUCGGAAACAACAAUAAGUUGCGAAAUCCGACAAUACUUUGAAAAAACAUUUUCACCCUUGGUCGUUGAAAUUUUUGAAAGAUCAUGCUCUUUUUUUACACAGGCAUCGAGCCAACUAGAAGUUUGAACGAAUUUCGAUUGGAUUAUCGUGCAUCGAAAUAUCAUUGCAAUAAGGUUCGAGAUAAGUUUCAGCACACGGCACUGUACAAUCCCCUUAUGAUUAAAACGGACAAUAUCUGAAUGUCUUAUUGCAUUCGACUCGGGAGAUAUGCGAGAUAAUAAGUAAAGGCAGAAUAAAUAAGAUUGAUUGAAAUAAUCACGACAAUAAAUGUAACGUGAAGAAAUAUUUGGCAAUUGCAAUAUUUUAGUAAAUAUUGAUCAAAGUAGGUAUGUAUGAAUUAACUUCUGAAUUGAAUUUGACGUGAAAAUGAAAGUAUUAUUGUGACAUAAUUAUAUUUAUAAUCAAUUGAUUUGUACAAAGAAUAAUAUUGUAAUAUGACAUUAUUAUAGUUUAACUGCAGUUAUAUAGCUGACAAUAAUACGUAUAACGUGAGAUGUAGUUUAUUAGAUUUUGUUAUUUAAUUUUGUUAUAUAUUGUUGUGGAAUUGACAAUACUAUACUGUAAUGAUUAAUUGAUACGCAUACACACAGAAAGUAGUGACUGGCCUAAGAUAAUUCCUGGCUUGGUGAAUCCAAAGAUUAAUUAUUAUAUAUCUUACUUAUACAUUAUAUAUAUAAUAUAGAUAUUAUAUAAGAUAAGUUAUUGAUGCUGUUCGAACAAUAAUAUUCGUGUACUUGUAUAACUUGAAUAAUAAUUUACGACAAUAAAUAAUGCAAGAUGUACUAAGGCGGAGAGGGAAUGUUAUAAACCUUGAGACCACGCACUCAGUGAAUUUAAGGAAGUAUGUAGUGUAAGUGUAAAAUCGAAGUGCCGACUCUUUUAGUACAUCUUGUAGUGUUCAAUUAUUAUUAGCUUUGUAGCAUAAGUUUUUCGUGAGAGUCUGCUGUGUUUGAAUUACUUAUUAUAUAUCAAGAAAGAGUAUUAGUAAUCAAUUAAUUAAUUAAUUAAUUAAUUAGUUACUCACUCGACUCGAGACGCAAUUGAAACUUUACAUUUCAAAAUGAGACCCGAAAAGAAACCCUAAGAGUUAUAUCACUUGUCUUGUAUGUCUGUGUACAAUUAUUGAUAAACCCUUCGGCGCUGGGAAGCAAUACCAUUUGAAGGCGGUCGGUCUAUUUCAUAAGUAUUAGGUAUAUAUGUACACACAAUUCAAUACGAUAAGAAAAACUGAAAGAACUGUGGAACAUUUCCCUGAACAAUACGCUGGAACAGUGAAUCGCAACGAAACGCACGUAUUCUGAUUGUGAGCUCAGAAUGAAGACAAUAGAGAGUGAAGUAGACAGUCUACGGACGAAUUUUUCAACUGAUAAGGAAUAAUUAGAACGUUGAAUUUUUGAUACGUAUAUGCUUUGUGCCGAUACAUUUUCCUUGCCGACGCAGCAUUUUCAACGCGAAAUUUUUCAACUGCCCACGCAUUAGUCAGAUCUUUUUUUUUUUCAUCAAUCGAUCAAUAAUUAGGGAGAAAUUUAUGGUGUUACUUAAAUUAUUGAGUAUUUUCAAGUUGGUGCGUAAUGAAGUUUACAUUUUUUCUCAUGUCAGCUGAAAUUCGUCUUUGGCAUGCGUUGAUUGUACUCCGUCUGCGGAAAGAGAUUAAUGGUGUCGGCACAAAUUUGAGGUAGAUGUCUCCUCAAGCGAUAUUUUUUCUACAAAUCUAAGGGUUUAUGCAGCCGUCGUGAAUGAUUAAAAAUAUAUAUGUAAAUGAAAGUAUAUUAUACUAUACAGACAGAUAAAUUGAACGGAAUAAUUCUAUUUAGCGAUAAACGAUAUCUUCUAUAAGCGUUAAACUUUAAAUUUAAUUGAGUAUUGAUGUUAUAUACUUGAACCAAAAAAAAAAAAAAAAGGAAAAGAAAAAAAUCACGCGCUAUCGUUUCCUCGUAAUUGAUA